CAAAUUGACAGUACGCAAACGCAGGCUGACCAAAACAGGCACCAAGACGCAUGAUCAAAAAGAUUUUACACCGCUAGUCCGACGAGUGAAUAUCGAUUAUAAAAUAGAACAAAGUUCUGCAACAAAAAUGAGUCUAACAUUUAUAAAGGGCAUUUGAUUGAAUUAAAAAUUCACGAUGCUAGGGAAGGCUGUGCUGUGUUUAUCGACUCUACACUUUUACAGUGUAGCGGCACAGGAGCAAUGUACGGAUUUGCGCGGUCGGUUGAUUUCCCACGGCCUUCAUUAUGUGCCUGGCCCAGAUACCUGUACGCUUUGCGUUUGUGACAAUGGACUGCCUAAAGUUUGUAAGGCGGUACUAUGUUCACCUCCACAGGAUUGCCGCUCAUUCCGUGUGGGCAACACAUGUUGCGAAUUCAUUUGCCUCGACGACGUGGUGAAACCGGCUGAAGGCGCGGAAGCCAACGUGCGCAUGGCUGCGGGCGGCGCGGCGGCCGUCGUACUGCUAACAGUAGCGCUCGUGGUGUAUAGAGUGAGGAAGCAGAAACGGCGCAGACCACCCCAUGCUGACGAUCAGAGGAGUUUGACUAGUAUUGGGUACAUAAGCGGCAGCAUGGGCUACAUGGGAGGCACUUGUGAGACAGCGUUGGCCGCGUGGAAACCGCCAAGCAACUAUCUGCCGCGGGGCGAAGCACCACCGCCGUACGAUGAGGCUAUAGCACAAUGUCGACCUGAAACUAUGAGAGUAUCAAACGAGACAUCUUACCACCGCACAUACCCGGCAACCGUUGAGUCUAUGGCGCGGCCCGACGAAUGUGCGAGCCACGGCUACGUGAACAUCCCGCGCCCCGUCACACAGGUUACAUAUUAUAUCGCCAACACACAAAACUGCUACAAUGCUCCGCUGCUGCAGCCGGUACAUCAACAAGACAAUCGCGAGCCCGCGUCUAUGCCUCAUCACCCUCUCGCUCCUAACAUGGUAGGAUUUCCCAGUGCAAUUCGCCUGACGGGUUCUCUAGGCGCGAUCAGCAACCGCGGCCUGCUGUCAGUCUUGCAGCGCGAACCGGACCACGAGCGACCGCAUAACGUGCCCGGCUUCUAUACCAACAGUGCUAAUGUGCACACUUCACUUCACCGCACAAUCCCCCGCAUAUCAACGGCCGUAGACGCGACGCUCCUAGACACGCCCAUUUCGGGGUUCAACCGAGCCGACCGCUCCCUUCACAACGAGAUCCGACGCUCGUUCCACAAGCCCAGCGAGAAUAACCGACACAAUGCCGACACCGGCCGAAGUAUGCCGAGAAAUCUUAACUUGGCUUCGGUCAAUGAUAUCUCUAGGAACAUCGAACCGGUCUUGGAUGUUGAUACUAGCCAAGCCCGUCUAAGCGGUGCCAACGGCUGGCGAGGCCGCACUCACAGCGAGGAACAGAACGUGGGCAGUGAGCGAGCACCAUCCCCCGCCCCCGCGCCCGCGCCCGCCCCCGCGCCGCCCCCACCCGCCCCGCACGCCCCGCACGCCGCCCCGCAAGUGCCGCCCCAUGCGGCGCCACAACCGCAGCCGACGCUGCCGCUGACGGUUGAUAAGCCGUCAUGCGUGUGCAGUUACGAGGGCUCGGCGCCGGGCGCGGAGGACGCCGACGACUAUCGCAGCGAGUGCGAGAACUGCAAGUCUGCCAGCAGCUCUAGGUGGGUGCUGGAGGAGGGGUGGGAGCAGGGCGCGGAGGGGGCGGGCGGCACGCAGACGCUGCAGCGCCGCGCGCCGCCGCCCGCGCACGCGCCGCCCGCCGCCGCCACGCUGCCGCAGCCCGUCACCAAGCAAACGCGAACCGUGAUGGGUCCUCCGUCGAACUGGGAGAACUGGUUCAACACGAUUCCCGACUCCGAUUCGGAGUCUGAGGAGGAGUAGGCCCCACAACCCUCGCUCAACAACGCACACCCACCUCACUCACGAUAUAGUUCCGUGCCACGGAGUAUUGAGCAAAUGGAGAGCGAAUGUUCCCACCAAAAUACGUGAUACAGAGACCUACGCUUGUAUGUCUGUAAGUAGUUGCUUUUAUGGCACUCCAGUUGUUCAUUACUCUAUGAUUCACGCGAUACUUCAAACAUCAUGAUCGAUGAGUCAACCGUCAUUCGAUUAUUGUAAACGACAGGUUCUUUGUUUGAAAUAUUGUGUGUAACGGAUCGUACAUCCGACAUUUCUUUUUAAUUGUAAGUUUGAACCUUAGAUAUUUAUUAAAUUCGUCACUCCUUUUUUGAUGAAGUAAAAGAAUUACGCCAAUAUUUUUUUUUAAGAUGGCUAUUUAAUUCGAUAGUUAGUGCUAGAUUAACGAUUUAGAAUUCUUAUUCUGAUUUGCUUAUAAAGCAAGAUAUUUUCUGAUUCUGCAUGCCGUUUCGAAGUACCUUAUUGUAUUUAACAUUCCUUUGAUGAUAUUAAGUUUUUUUACACUAACAACCAUUGUUGGUUGCUUUGCUAUUGCACAUUUAAUGUGUUAUUGUAUUACGUUAUUAUUAUUAUUUGUUGCAUAAUACACUUCGCCUAUGUAUUUAAUACCAAAGAUUUGUUGUUUCAUGUAUAUUGUGUUGUAAUUUGUUUCUACUAUUUCAACUGCCUUCGCCAUGGUGUCUAUGGACUCGAAUUUAAUCGCUUUUUUAUGAAUAGAAACGAAACAAGUGAAGUACAAGUUUCGAUGUCGAUGUUUUACUGUUUAUUCUAUUGUUUAUAUAAAAAUCAGCAGUACUUCAGCAAUAUGUUAUGAUUGACUGUUUACUUUUUUUUGCGAACCACGGCGGAGACAAUACUUUAAGCUAUUUGUUGUUAAUUUAUACUAAAGUACCAUAGACCUUGUGUGAGGAUACAAAAUAAUUUUAUUAUAGCUCUAAGUAUACUUAUGUAAUAACGACAGUAUUUUACGAAUAGUGUUGUCACAAAAUUGAUGUCGAAAUUUCUCGUUCAAAUAUAAAUCAAAGCUCUCUAGUUUUGAAUAUUUUCAUAGAUAACAUAGUGCCAAAAAAGAACUGACAUGUGAAAUACUGACGAUAUAGUAGUGGUGGCCAUGUUCAGUUCAGUUAGAGAAAACUUUAUCUCCUGGUUUUGAAUAAAAUGUAAUAUAAGUGAACAUCAUUACUCCAAUAUAACAUUUUUGCUUCAUAUAGAUGUACAAGGAUAAAUUGCACAUAUUGUAUGUCUCUGAUAUUUGAUAUUGUCAUUCAUAAUGUUUCUGGAAAAUCGGUUGAUUUCCCAACCAUACACAAUUAAACACUAUUUGAAAUUAAAUACUUUUAAAUAAAUAAUGUCAUAUUAAUGACGGACAGGAUUUAAGAUAUCGAUUUUAAAUGACGAAAGCGCCCGAUCCGAACGAUUCGAUCUAACGAUAAUUAUUAAAAUAAUUUUUAUGUUUUAUUAUUCAAACGCAUAAUAUUGGUGUUACAAAUGGACCGUUGAAGUGAUGCUAAUUAUUUGGAUUUAUGAAUUUCAAGCCCAUCGGAAGAUUAUAAUGUAAGUCGAACCAAAGAUUGUUGAAUAAAAAUGUGAUUGAUAUCAUUUUAGUGUUAUAGAAUUUGCAUUGUAGAUGUUCAGGCUCAAUAAUAGAAAUACUAGAAUCAGUUGACUUGCAACAUUGAGAUAUUACAAAUAUUCAAAAUAUGGAACAUUAAAUACAAAAGUCUAGCUAUAUAUUUUUGUCUAAUAAGAUUAAUAUAAAUGAGUAAGAAUUAUUCAUAAUAAAUAGGGAGUCUAGAAUAUUUGUAAGUAAUUAAAAUUUUCUCUUUAUUCGCCCACCCGUUUUGUGUUACAUCAUUAAGGUCUGUAGGCAGUUCGGAAGAAAGAAAAUAGAACAUUAAAUAGUCUGACUUUCAGGGUUGUAAGUAAUAAAUAGCACGUGUAUAAAUAUUUAGUGAUGUAAAAUAUCGGAACAUACUGCAGCAGUGCUUUUCAUACAUUGUGUUGAGUCAAUUUUGCUGAUCGCUAGUAGAACGCGUCUGAUGUGUACCCGUAGUUAGGAUGUUUAAAAAGUUCAACGUUUUUGUUUUUCAGAAAUCGAUAAAGAAUCUUUAUAAUAAAUUUCAAAUAAAUGGGGAAUGGUACCACGAACUGGAGAUUGUAAAACAAUUUUUUUCUGUUUAUUGACGUUUCCGGAGGCUAAAUCAUUUGAAAAGAUAAUAUAAUUAGACAGCUAGGAGGGUAAAAAUCUUAGGUAGAUCGAAAGCGUGAAAGAGGUGAUCAACCUUUCUAAAUUAACUUCAAAAAACAUUUGCAGAUAUUGGCCAGAUUUUAAUGGAAUGGAUUAAUGGUUCGAAGUUUUUCGUCUAUGGGUUAAAUAGAGUAAAAUAAAACUCGAUUGAUAUUUUAUAUUUCAUUGUCUACCGUAAGCAAUAAACCUUGAUCGAGAGGUGCCCCGUUUAAAUAAAGAAUUAUAGAUACGAGUAGUAUUAUAUAUUUUUGUCUAUUCUAAUUUGUAGGACUUUAUGAUAUUGUUAAUUAAUCAUCAUUGCCCAUUGAAGUGUUACGAUUGAUUCUAGAUAGAUAAUAUGAAGUUACAUGGCAAAUGGUCAUUAAAUAAAAUAAAAACUUGGCGUUUAAUGCCGGGUGAACCAGUUCUGGUAACACUGACCAAAGACGUGACAGAUCGCUCGGUGGGCUUAUGACUAAUUAUACGAACCAAGAGAACUAAUCGUUACAUUUCUGUGGGCAGUGAUAUUCCCCUUUUUCUUGCAUUCCACUCAUUCCACGUACAAAUAUUUUCUUGUGUAUUGACCGUCUGCAAAUAAAUGUGGCGUGAGCGAUUCGCUAACGUCGACGGGUAGAGCAGUAUUACAACAUUCCCGAACCAAAUAUCUUUGUUUAGAUAUUAUUGAAAUAAACAAGUUAAUGGAAAUGUGAA